AUGGUGUGCCUCUGCCUCUUGGGCGAUGCUGCUCUCCACCUCUUCGGUAGGACUGAGAGUGUUUGUUCCUCCACUCAUGAGCAGGUGCAGCAUGAGUCUGGGUUUCUUGGCAUCCCAGUUGUGGCCCUAAAGUCUUCGAAAGUCAAAGAACAAGAACAGGAGGAGGAGACAGGAGAUCUGAUUAAGACCAGAGAGAGACCAGACUCUCACUCUGACAGCAGAAAGAGUCCUUCAGAGGAACCAGACACAGAGACGCCCAAACCAGCGAGACGACACCACUGCUCCUACUGUGGAAAUAGUUUUACCCGAUUACUACACCUGAAAGCACAUGAGAGAAUACAUACAGGAGAAAAGCCCUUCCACUGUUCCCAGUGUGAAAAGAGUUUUAGGUGGUUAACGAGUCUGAAAAAGCAUGAGAGGGGACACACACAAGAAAAGCUCUACCAAUGCUCCCUGUGUGGAAAGAGUUUUACCAAGUUAGGGGGUCUGACUAGGCAUGAGAGGACACACACAGGAGGGGAUAAGACCUACCACUGCUCCCAGUGUGGAAAGAGAUUUAACCGGUUAAGGCAUCUGAAUAAGCAUGAAAGAAUACAUACACAGGAGGAGAAGACCUACCACUGCUCUCAUUGUGAGAAGACAUUUUCCCAGUCAGAGGACCUGAAAGCACAUGAGAGAAUAGAGAGACUGUGUUCUGACUUGUGUUUUUGACUGAGAAUUUGUGUUUCUGUUGUUUUGUUUCUUGUGUCAGAACCUAAAGCCACACCUGUGUCGUUGUGGUUGUUGUCAGUGACUCUGUUUCUUUAAGGGAUCAGCUUAAUAUUGAGGAAAGAAUGUUGCUUCCAUCAAUGUAAUUGUCUGCAUCAUUUCCAA